AGCCGUUCACUCAAAUCGAUCACCCGCGUCGCCAACCUCCCUCGCGCAAAGGAGAGAGAUGCCAGCGGACCAUUUCCAGGUGAAGCUUUCUGGAAGCUGGAAGGACUACUCGGGCAACGAGGAUAAGAUCCUGAAGCGGGCCUACCUGGCCGGCUUCCCUCAUGCCAAGUACAAGCUCCGGGGCCAGCAGUAUGAGGUGGACUUCAGGUCCAUGAGCCAGAAGAACAUGCGCUCCGGCAAGCAGCGGGAGAUCCGGGCACCUUACAAGUGGAAGCAGCCGGAGAAGCCAAUCGUGGACGCUGGGCCCACUUUCUGCAUCAAGGUGCCGCCUGGGUCCCCGGGCACCUGCAUCCACGUGCCCCACCCGGCGAAGAAGGGCCAGUUCAUCGCGGUGAACGUGCCCGCCAAGGCCAAGGUGGGCGCCGCCAUGCUGGUGCCCAUCCCUAAGGACUCCGAUUUGCCCACCCCGGUGCCGGACGCGCCCACGCCCGCCGGGCCCACCCCGGCGCCGCCCACGCCCGCCGUGGGCGCCUCAGAGGAGGAGAAGAAGAAGGUGGAGGAGGAGAAGAAGAAGGGAGGCUGGAGCACGGGCGCCAAGGUGGCGGCGGGCACCGGCGCGGUGGUGGCGGUGGGCGGCCUGGCGGUGGCCGGGGCGGUGCUCGGAGAGCACAUUGCGGAGGAGGGUUGGGAUGCCACCAUGGCUGAGCUGGGCGAUGUGGCCGGGGACGCCGGGGAGGCCAUCGCAGGUGCCGCGGAGGACGUGGGUGAGGCAGUGGCCGGAGCCGCGGAGGAUGCGGGGGAGUGGAUCGCCGGGGCGGCAGAGGACGCCGGGGAUUUCAUCAUGGACCUCUUCUGAUUUGUGCAGCUCCGGAAGGGUGCGCCAGGGUGGUCCAAACUUCCCUUUCUCCGCAGAUGUCAGAAACUUCCAUUUGCUU